UAAACACAAAAAUAUAUAAUUAUAUUCAUAAAAACAAGCAGCAGCUGUAAAUAUCGGUUAAUUGAUUGCCACACGGCAUUAAAUAGUUGCGAAAAGUGCGAUAAAAGACAAAAACAGUUUCGACUCUUAAAAUGAAACUGUUCACAAGCAAAACUCAGCGCAAUGCAAGGCUAUUACAAUGUGCGGCACUUGGCAUGACACUUGUGUUCUUUGGAGCGGCCAUCUUGAUGACAGAUCCCGUCACACUAAUCGUAGAUUGGCAAUUAAGUUUGAAACCCUACACGCUUUUGAGCAAACUGUAUGAGGUGCCACCAGUGGAUGUUUAUAUAACUGUAUACAUGUUUAAUUAUACAAAUUCGGAUGCGUUUAUCGCGGGCAUUGACACCAAAAUAAAGAUCGCGGAAAUUGGCCCCUAUGUCUACAAGGAGGUGCUCUCCAAUCACAAUGUUACCUUGCAUGAGGCCAAUAACACCGUCACCUAUACGCCGCGUCGUGAAUAUAUAUUCUCGCCGGAACGUUCGGUGGGUGACCCGAAGGUCGAUCACAUUCGGGCACCCAAUAUACCCUAUAUGGGUGUCGUCAGCCAGGCAUCCGACAUAUCCAUGUUCGCGUCUCUGGGCUUGACCGCACUGACCAGGCGCUUGAAUUCACAGCCCAUAAUGGAUAUCAGCGUUCACGACUACAUGUGGGGCUACGAGGAUCAUCUGGUGUCGUUGGCUUCCAAGAUUAUGCCCAGCCUGAUCGAUUUCUCCACCUUUGGCAUUAUGGAGAAGCUGUUUCGCGAGGGCAAUGAGAGUAACGUGUUCAAUAUGCAUCUGCCUGAGAGGAAAGAUGCCGUUGGUGUUAAGCUGCCCAACUCGCCACGCGGCUAUUCAAUUCAUUCCGUUAAUGGGGACCGUGGAUUUAAAAACUGGGGGUAUGAUGAUUCGACCAAUGGCACCAAUUGCAAUCGCAUUUCGGGCAGUCAUGAUGCCACACUCUUUCCUCGCGACAUGAACAAGAACGACUCAUUUUUAAUCUUUCGGAAAACGUUCUGUCGUCGUUUGCCGCUGACAUUCAAUAGAACGCUGACUUUUGAUGGACUAGAUGCAUUUGAGUUCACUUUGGCUCCGCAUAUCUUUGACGAGGAUCUGCAGAAUGAGAACACCUCGUGCUUCUGCAAGAAUAACCACUGCUUGAAGAAGGGUUUGGGCAAUGCCUCUCCCUGCUAUUACAAUAUGCCCUUGGCUGUAAGCUAUCCACAUUUCCUGUAUGCCGAUCCCAGCUUGCUGGUACCUUUCGAAGGGCUAAGUCCAAGUAUAGAACGACAUGCAUCAAAAUUCGUGUUGCAACCGCAACUGGGUGUGCCUUUGCAUGCUCAUAUGCGUCUACAGGCCAACCAGGUGGUGAGCAAUAUCAAGUUUAAUAGUCUGAUGGAACCCUUUAAGAAUUUAGUGUUGCCACUGCUCUGGAUAGAUUUUACCAUUGACAAUCUAUCCACGAGUCUGCACAUACUUAGUCAUCUAAUCAAAACUGGAUUCCCAAUGAUGCAGCUGAUCCUUGCACUGUGUCUGAUUUUCUUCGGGGUUUACCAGCUCAGCAUAGCGUUCCAUUUAUGCUUUUGGUCACUGCCAACAGCCAAGCACAAGUCCGAUCAUGGCGAGAAGGAGGCGAACGCGUUGGGUGGCUACAGCAUAGUCGCAUCGCUUCAAAGCUCUUUACCGGCGGAGUGUGUGAAACAGGAGGCACAGCGAUUGCUGGAUGAUGAACGCAAAUUGGGAGAGGUCUAACGACUACCUCGACGUCAAAUGGACUGCUCCUUAGAGCUGUCCAUGCUCUGUGAUAUUAAGAUCUAAGCUAACAACGAUAUUUAGUUUAGCUUAUAUUCUGCUCAACGGAAACAAACUUAGGGAACAUUCUAUGCUUAUGUAAGAUAUAAGGUUGAUGGUGAUUUCAAUUUGUAGUCGUCUAGAAUGUACAGCUGAGCCUUAACUCAAUAAAUACAAACAGCAGUAAACUGUAA